AUGGCUUCGUUCGCGCUGCUGGCAGUAUCUGUCCUGCUGAUCGUCGCCGUCCUUGGCUACCGCUUCUCGGCAACAUCUCGUAGCAAGAGCUCUUUACUGCCUCUUCCACCGGGCCCCAAACCGAAGUUUCUGCUCGGAAAUGCUGCCGACUUCCCUCCUGCCGGCGCGAAAGAAUGGCAGCAUUGGAUUGAGCAUAAGCGCCUAUAUGGACCCAUCAGCUCGCUGUCGGUGAUGGGUCAAAACAUCAUCAUUCUGAACGACCAUCAAACCACCGUGGAUCUGCUCGAGAAAAGGUCCGCUAUCUACUCGUCUCGGCCAAAGAUGGUCUUCGCGGGAGACAUGUGUGGCUGGGAACACUCCAUGAUCCUCCAACCCUAUGGUGACAGCUCUCGAGCCUAUCGUAGGGCCACCCAGCCCGCGCUGGGGACCAUGUCCGCUCUGGAAAGCUUCAAACCCCAAUACGACACCGAGAUACGACGCUUCCUUCUGCGUGUGCUUCGCAACCCAGAGGACUUGCAGGCGCACAUACGGACAACCGCUGGUGCAGUCAUCCUAAGAUCCACCUACGGGUACGAAAUAGACCCUCAUAGCCGUGACCCGCUCGUCGAUCUUAUCAACGAAACCAUGAUGCAAUUCUCCGACGUGUCGCAGCCCGGUAAAUGGGCAGUCGACCUUGUUCCAGCUCUUCAGUACUUGCCUGAUUGGUUUCCUGGAACUGGCUUCAAGCAGUAUGCAAAGCACUGUAAAGAAACACUUCUCCAAGCGGGCUCGAUACCAUAUGCCUUUGUGGAGAAGCAACUUCGCACUGGAGAGGCGCCGACAUCGUAUCUAUCUAGACUCAUCACCUCUGCUGACGCCAAGAUGUCUGCUGAUGAAGCCUACAUCGCACGCUGGACCGCCUUCAGUCUCUACGCGGGUGGUGCAGACACCACAGUGUCGAGCAUGUCAACCUUCUUUCUUCUUAUGACACUACACCCCGAGAUCCAACACGUUGCCCAGAAAGAACUAGACUCGGUGCUCGGCGACGCGCGCCUGCCGGCAUUCACUGAUCGCCCCAAUCUGCCUUGCACGGAAGCACUCAUCAAAGAAGUGUUCCGUUUCCACCCCGUUGCGCCGAUAGAUUUCCCACAUGUGAACACCCAGGACGACGAGUACGAAGGCUACUCGAUCCCCAAGGAUAGCCUCAUCCUCGCCAACAUCUGGGCGAUGCUGCACGACCCGGCCGUCUACGCCUCGCCCGACACCUUCAACCCAGAACGAUUCCUCGGCGCCCACCCCGAACCAGAUCCCAAGGCCAUCUGCUUCGGCUUCGGCCGCCGCAUCUGCCCCGGCAGGCACGUGGCCGACCUGACCCUGUGGCUGGAGAUUGCAAGCUCGCUCUUCGCCUUCGACAUCCGCAAGACGCGUGACGCCAAUGGCAUCGAAAUCACGCCCGACUUGGAUUUCACGCCGGGUGUCAUCAGUCGUCCAGCACCUUACACGUGCGAUGUACGACCAAGGAGCGCAAGGCAUGCGGAGCUCAUUGAGGCAAUUGAGACGGAGCAGCCUUGGUCCAGCCAGGGCGACGCUCCGGAGGUGGAAAGCCUCAUUCGCGAGAGUGCGACGAAGGCGUGA